UUGCUUUUUGUUCGUAUUCGUAAGACAGAUAUUCCCAUAUGGUUCCCCGCUCCACUCCAACUUCUCUCGAAAGGAUGUGAGCGGAGGUUAUCUUCUUCAUCAACAUUUGGAGUGGGGGGGUCAAGUCCUGCAUCUUGAUCACUGCACAGACCCAACCCACCGUGUCCUAGAACGUCCUCUGACCACUCUUGUUCCAAUUAGCCAAACCACUACAAGUGACAGACUUCCGAGGUCCAGACCUUUAGAAGUUCUGCGCUUCUGUCCAUGGCUUCCUUCUCUUUCCAUCACCACUACUUCCGCGGCAGAUCUACUGCAAUUCAAGAACUCAAGCGUGGUGACUGUCCCAAGCACAUUAUCAGUGUUUCUUGCCUGGGCCAUGACCAAGAACACGACGAUUCAAUAGCACAGAAGCCAAAGAAAGAAAAGCAGAUCAAGAAGCCAACUGUUGCAGGAAUUCUAGAUGGUUUUGAGAAGAUAGGGAAGGGAUUGAAGCACAAUUUGAGCCCACAGAGGAAGGGUGACUGGAAAGAUAUAGCUUUGAUGAGUUUAUCUUUUGCUGUUUACGUGUACAUAUCUCAGAAGAUUGUUCGUGCUUACUGUGCUUGGGUGUCCAUGCCAAAGCAGCCUUGGUAAUUAGUAAUAAGGAUGUUAAGCAUCUUUAUUGUUGUAAGAGCUAGAUACUGUGUACGUCAUUCCCAGAAUCUAAUCUUGUUAGUAAUAAUGUAGGGAAGCAUCUUCAUGGUA